UCUCGGCGCCGGCCGCCGCUGCUGCCACCGCCACCGCCGCCUGCUCGCGGGGACUCGGCCCUCGGCGCGCCGUCGCCCGCGGCCCGGGCACCAUGAACGGCAGCAGCGCCAACAUCACCUACGCCAGUCGCAAGCGGCGGAAGCCGGUGCAGAAAACUGUCAAGCCAAUUCCUGUUGAAGGAAUCAAGUCAAACCCUUCCAAGCGACAUAGAGACCGACUGAAUACAGAGUUGGACCGUUUGGCAAGCCUGUUGCCCUUUCCACAAGAUGUUAUUAAUAAGCUGGACAAGCUUUCAGUUCUUAGACUCAGUGUCAGUUACCUAAGAGCCAAAAGCUUCUUUGAUGUUGCAUUAAAAGCCCCUCCAGCAGAGAGAAGUGAAAUACAGGAUAACUGUAGAACAAAAUUCAGAGAAAGCCUGAACUUACAAGAAGGAGAAUUUCUGUUACAGGCCCUGAAUGGCUUUGUGUUGGUUGUCACUACAGAUGCCUUGGUUUUUUAUGCUUCUUCAACCAUACAAGAUUACCUGGGAUUUCAGCAAUCUGAUGUCAUACAUCAGAGUGUAUAUGAACUUAUCCAUACUGAAGAUCGAGCUGAAUUUCAACGUCAGCUCCACUGGGCAUUAAACCCCUCUCAGUCUACUGACUCUGGACAAAGAAUUGAUGAAGCUAAUGGUCUCCAACAGCCAUCAGUUUAUUAUAAUCCAGACCAGCUCCCUCCAGAAAAUUCAUCAUUUAUGGAGAGGUGCUUUGUAUGCCGUCUUAGAUGUCUGCUGGAUAAUUCAUCUGGUUUUCUGGCAAUGAAUUUCCAAGGAAGGUUAAAGUAUCUUCAUGGACAGAACAAGAAAGGGAAAGAUGGAUCAUUACUUCCAUCGCAGUUAGCUUUGUUUGCAAUAGCUACUCCACUUCAACCCCCAUCCAUAUUAGAAAUCAGAACCAAAAAUUUCAUCUUCAGGACCAAGCACAAAUUAGACUUCACACCUACUGGUUGUGAUGCCAAAGGAACAAUUGUUUUAGGCUAUACAGAAGCAGAGCUGUGCAUGAAAGGAUCAGGAUAUCAAUUUAUUCAUGCUGCCGAUAUGCUUUAUUGUGCUGAAUACCAUAUUCGGAUGAUUAAGACUGGAGAGAGUGGUAUGACAGUGUUCAGACUUCUUGCCAAAGGCAAUCGAUGGACCUGGGUUCAAUCUAACGCACGCUUAGUUUAUAAGAAUGGAAGACCGGACUAUAUAAUUGCAACUCAAAGACCUCUGACGGAAGAAGAAGGAGCAGAACAUUUACGAAAACGAAAUACAAAGCUACCUUUUAUGUUUACCACUGGAGAAGCAGUGUUGUAUGAAUUAGCCAGUCCUUUGCAUUCCAUGAUGGAUUCCUUACAAAAACAGACAAAAAAUGAUGCAAGUAAAGGUUCUUCUGCCAAAUUAAGUCUAAAUAUGGAUUCUGUUCAUCCCAGCUCUGUCCUUGGUGCCAUCACACAACAAGAUGAGUCUAUUUACCACUAUCCUACUGCAAGUAACAUAUCUUUUGAAAGAGAUUUUUUUAACAGAUCUAUAAAUGAUUGCAAUAACUUGCAAUGUAGUGUUGUACCACAAGAAAAUGAUAUCCUGAAGCCUGAACAAAUUGGUCAGCCUCAGGAAAUGAGCCCAGGUCUUUCAGAUAAUAAAAAUAGUGACUUAUAUAAUAUUAUGAAAUACCUGGGCGUUGACUUUGAAGAUAUCAAACAGAUGCAGCAGAAUGAAGAUUUUUUCAGAACUGACUUUGCUAGUGAAGAGGACUUCCGAGACAUUGACGUAGAUGACAUCCUGACUUAUGUUCAAGAUUCUCUAAAUAAGUCUGCCUUUGUGUGUUCAGGUUACCAACAACCCAUGGUUCCUAAGUCAGACUCCUGUAUGGUACAGGAGAAUCUCCAGUUAGAGCAGCAGCCACUACAGCAUCCUCAAAAGCACAGAGCUGUGGAGCAGCAGCAGUUAUGUCAAAAAAUGAAGCACAUGCAAGUUAAUGCUAUGUUUCCGAACUGGAACGCUACUCAGUCUGUGCCUUUGAGUUGUCCUCAACAAGAUCUCCAACAGUAUGUCUUUUCAGAUUUACCCGGGACCAACCAAGAGUUUCCCUACAAAUCUGAGAUUGAUACAAUGCCUUAUACGCAGAACUUUAUUCCCUGUGAUCAGUCUGUGUUACCAGAACAUUCCAAGGGUGCACAGCAGUUAGAUUUUCCCAUAGGGAAUUUUGAACCAUCCCUCUACCCUACAACUUCUCAUUUAGAAGAGUUUGUCUCAUGUUUACAAGUUCCUGAAAGCCAAACGCAAGAACUAAAUCUCCAGCCAGCCAUGGCAGCUCCUCAGACAUGCUAUGCUGGAGCGCUAUCAAUGUACCAGUGCCAGCCAGAACAUCAGCAUAGCUCCACGUCUCAGCUGCAGUACAAUCCAUCAGUGCCACCCCCGCAGGCAUUUUUAAAUAAGUUUCAGAAUGGAGGUGUUUUAAAUGAAACUUACCCAGCUGAAUUCAGGAGCAUAAACAACAUACAGCUUCAGCCCCUCCAUCAUCCCACAGAAGCCAGACCUUUCCCUGAUUUGGCAACCAGUGGAUUCCUCUAAGACUUAUGUUGACCUUGAUUUGCUCAAAAACUAUAAAUUUUGGACAUUUACAAUGUUAUUCCAAGCCAAAGUCUAGAAAAUAUUAAUCCCAUAUACUAUCAUUAUGAAAAUGUGUUCCCACACAUAAGCAAGGUAUAUGUUUGAUAUUACUCUGAGUUUCUUGACCCUCAAAAAAGAAACUAUUCUCAGUUUUAAUUCAAAUAAAAAUUUGGUAUUUCCCAAGUUUUGAACUUCUGAAUUUUUAGUGUACCAUAAUUACUGUUUUCUUGUCUUUUGAUCAUUUAUUUCAGAUUGUAAAGAAAGUGGUUUGGUGCUUUUUAAAAAAGUUAAUGCUUUCCUCCUUUAUUGUUAAUAUAAGUGCCUCACCUUUUUUUUUUUCAGACUUUACACUGUAGGAUGUACAUUUUAUAUAAAAUAUACCUUUUCUUUUUAAAAUUAAUAUUCUGUGCACUGUAUUUCAGUAAUUUUUUAUUAAUAUAACCAUGUUGUAACUGCACUACUCCUCCUACUUCAGGUAAAGGACAAAAACCGAUUUAAAAGAUAAUUAUUUAUUACACAAUCUAGUUGCUUCUAGAUUAAAUUUUGCUGUGUGCCUUAUAAGGAAAAGACCUGCAAGUAAAAUGUCUUUUGAAAUUAGUUCUUGGAAACAGCACUAACAUUUUCAGAAGAAAAGGAUAUACCACUAUAAUUGAACGUUGCAAUGUGAAAAAAUUGCUAUAAAUGCAACAGUGUUCAUAAACUUGCAGUGAAAUGAAACUUUUAUGCUCUUACUUAUUUUAAUAUGUAUAAAUAAAGUGUAUAAAUCCCUGUUUUAGAUCUAUUAUUCCUUAAGAAUUAUAUGUUGAUUUAUAAACUUCCACUUAAUACAGUGAAAGCUAUUUUUUUUCUCAUAUUUGAGGAGUGUUAAGAUUGAAUAUAGCAAUGUUUGGUGCAAAGUAUUAUGAGUGAAAUGAAUGGUGCAUUGUAUAAUAUAUAAUGAUUGAGUUAUCUGUAAAAAAAUUUUUUAAGAUGCCAAAGAAUGAAUUCAACUGAUUUUAAGUUGUUAUGAAGAAAAAAAAUCAUCUAGUUCUCUUAAAUGUUAUGUUAAUGAUAAAAAAUUAUCUUGUAUUGGGAGUUGAAGAGAUUAUAGCAGGUAGGGGUGCUUGCCAUAUACCCCAGUGGUGCAUAGCACCAGUGAUAAGCACUGAUACCGCCAGAAACCCUACCCCCACCCCCUGCCAAAUAAAAUAACCUGAACCAGUAAGACAAACACCACUCUGACAGUAUUGUUCUUGAGUGAUUUAAAAGUACUACCAUUUGCCGGUUUUUUUUUCCCAGUUAAAUGGGACGACCCAACUGCGUAAAUAUAAUUUGCAUGUAAUAUAUUACAAUUGCAUCUUAGUUUAGGAUUGCAUAAUGUUUUUAAGUGCAGUCCAAAUUUUAAAUUUAUAGACUCAUGUCUUUAAAAAAACUAAUUUAAAUUUGUCUAAGACAUUUCAUAAUUUGUUUUAACAUGAGGUAUCUCUAUAUAGAUUUAGACCAAUGGUCUAAAUUAAUGAUGCUCUUUAAACAUUAAAGCCUUUUUUGAAAAAUCUUUAUAUAGACCAUUUUAUUACUACUCUCCCGCUAUCAGAUGAAAUGUUUAGGCUUUCUAAAUGUGAUUAUGAUGACAAUCAUACACUUAUAAAAAAGCUAAAAUUAAGCAAUAUUGUAUUUUUAUCUAUAUAAAAUAUUAUCCAAUAAUAAAAUCAUAUUAAACCAAAUCAAUGUUUGUCUGUAUUGCUAAGUGCCAAAGAAAGAAUACUUGGUGCAUGGCUGGAAUCUUAGAUAUGUGCAAUUCUAAGUAUUUGGAUGUCUCUAACUUGAGCCCUUUGAUAGCAGGUUGUUCCUAACAGCACCUAGAGUCAUUCAGUAUUUAAACGUAUUAUGAAGUCUUUAUUCAUUAGUGUUUUCAGUAUUACUAAACUUCUGUUUUAAAUGUUUUCUUGGAUUUUCUUUAAAAUGUUACUCCUUCCAAAUACCAUACCUAGAGUCUUGUUUAAAAUAUAUUUAUACUCAUAAAAAUUGUAUGCAAUAUUACAUAUGGCAAUAAAAUAUCAGCAAGUCUGAAUAUUAUGUUUUAAUGUAAAUUCUUUAUGGUUCAUGUAAAGACAAUGAGUGUGUAAUUAUAGCUGAUCUAUUCUACUUAAAUAUGCAUUAAACCAAUAAUUCUGUAAUUU